CAGGCACACAGCUGCAUGCCUCAUCAGGGCGUUGCUGUCCAGGUGCACUGCCUCGCCGCCCAGGACCUGGCCUGGGGCAGGACACGCGGGAGGAGUGAGGCCAGCAGCUGCAACCCUGGGACUCGAGCUCCGUCCUCGGAAAAGACACAGAAUAGCUGCCUCCCACCCCGCCCUCAUUUGAGACAGGACCGUCUGGGCGUCCCUUUUCCAGAUUGCAUGGUCCUGCCUCCCUCGUGCUCGUCACCUGCUUCUGCUGGGAACCGUCUGGCUGUCCUGACGAUCGGCGGAAACGCGGGAAUGCCCACCAGGUCCCGGACAGUCAUGAUGGGAAGACGAGAAGGGCCAGCAUUGCUCGGGUUCCUGCUGGUCCUGGCCAUCCUCUGCUGCCCAGGUGACAGCCUGAAGUGCUACAGCUGCAUCAACCCGGUGCCCUCCUGCACCUCCGUCACCAACUGCUCUGCCAACUUUGACUCGUGUCUCCUUGCCAAAGCUGGCUCGCGCGUAUACCACCAGUGCUGGAAGCUUGACGACUGCAGCUUCAACCGUCUGUCCACUCUCCUGGGUGAGAACCAGCUGGAAUACAGCUGCUGCCAGCGCGACCUCUGCAACUCAGACAACAGCAGGCCCACCCUCAUGGGGAUGGCGCUCCUGCUGGUGUUUCCACUUCUGGCCACAGCCUGGAGCCUGUGACCUUGGGUCGAUGCCCAAGGACCCCUCCUCCCUGCACCCCCCUUGCCACCACAUCCACAGCUUUCUAUUUUCCAGAUCCUAAAUAAAAUUAGCAUGAGCAUGUUGGCCGAGACAGGGAGACUGGGAGGCUGGAGACCCUCCCGUCCCAGGCAGCCCCUCUCAGGGCAGAAUCUUGGGCAUAGCAGUUGGGCACACCCAGGCUCACGCUCUUCCCAUGCCCCGAGGCUGGCUUUGUGGGGACAGCUUGGGCAGGUCCGUGGGCAUCGCCCAGCCACGUGGGUGUAGAUCAGUGACCUUCUCUCCUACCUCCUGGACCACGGCCCUGGUGUCGGCCCACGGGCAUGCCAGCAGUCCAGGCUAGCUGUGAUCGGGCUGCAGAGCUGAGGAUGUUGGUAGGAGGGGAAGGGUCUGUCCUUAGGGAGGUGCCAGUGGCUGAAAUGUGACUCCCCCAUCUCCGGCUUUGCCAUCUUCUGCAGGGAAAAUGUAAUAACAUAAAUUAGUGGUUUGUGGA